AUGUCCAACUUCUCAUCUUUUUUAGGGGGAGAGCCCGAUGAGUUGUCCAUUUCCGGACUAGACCCCGAGCAAGGACCCGAGUCUGCAUCUGAAUUUUCGGGGGAGCAUCGUGGAAUCUUUGACUUGCUUCGUGACAGCUCAGAACAUGAGACUAGCCUUGAGCCCCUUGAUGAGGAGGCUAAUUGGUAUCAGAGUGUGGCUGAUCUGUCAGAUGAGCCUGAGCAUCUUUGGCCUGCAGAGCCCUCUGACUUAGGUGAAGGUCUUGACACCGAGUUGCCUGUGCCUGCUGAACAACCGUGUGAGGUCUGCCUGCCAACUUUGGAGCCUCUGCCUAUGCUCUCUCCAGUGAGGUUUCAAGGUCCUGGCUCCGCUGACCCACAGUUGAAUGCCUGGCAGGUGGAUGCAGUUUUGUUUGAUGUGAAGCGCAGGCGCUUGAGCAUUCCAGCGCAACCUUGGAAUUCCGGACCUUUUGCCUUAAAGAUGCCUGGGAUUGGUUCUGCGACUAGUUUCUUGAAUAGGGCCAGACCUUCAGUCGGGUUAGCUGAUGUACUUAACCCACCACUCAACUCGCCGUUGGGUGUCAGAGAGCCAGAGCCAGUGCUGGCGUGGGUGGUUGAAUCUAGGCUUCGCCACUUUAGAGUUGAACGGUCGGACGAGGACUUGAGGGUGCAUGCUCUUGCUCGAAUCCGUACAUUGGUCAUGCUGGAUCCGUUGGCUUCAAAGUUAGGAAGAAGUUUGGCAAGUGAUGUCGAAAAUUUGGCCACAGAGGAGGAAAUUUCAUCUUCCUUCUCCCAUGCCUUUGCAUCCAAGGCUGCAAGCACCAUCCACAAGAGGGCUGGGUCAUUGUGUAAGUUUGCAAGCUGGUGCAUGCGAGAGGGAGCAUCCCCCUUGAGGUUUGAAGAGGUGCAUCUGUAUCACUACCUAUGUGAUCUUCAGAAGUCCGCUGGGGCUACAUCAGGAAGCCAUCUGAUUGAAGCCCUACGCUUCUUAGAUUCGGUGGUGAGUUUGGUUCACAUUGAGGUCGAGGAGGUGAUGUCGGCCCGGUGCCGUGGUGUUGCUCAGGAAAUGCAUAUGGCCAAGGCUCCGCUGAGGCAGAAGAAGGCCUUAACCAGGAAGCAGGUGGAACAUCUUGAGCUCUUCACCACGCGUGCUUCUUCGAGGCAUGCCUGCAUUUCGGGACAGCUGUUGUGGUGUAUGCAUUCAGGGUCAAGGUGGAGAGACUCGCAAACCCUUCGCCACAUCGAAUUGGAGGUGGACGAGGAAUCGGGCGAAGUCCUGAUUUACGGUGAGGCCCUAACUUCAAAGACGACCUUGACCGCCAAGGCCAAAACCACUCUGCUACCAUACGUGGGUGUGGGACUUGGCGUUUCAGGGUUACCUUGGGCAAAAGCUUGGUUCGAUGCACGCACUGCUGAAGGCUUGACUGAUGUGGAUCCUUUUCUGCCCACGUUUUGUGAAAGGAAAGGUUGCUGGGGUUCGCAACGAAUGUCAGCGUCGGAAGCCAGCAUUUAUCUCCGCGAGUUUCUUCAAAGCAUGGACCCAAGCUACGGAGAGCUGCGGGAGUUGGGGACUCAUUCUAUGAAGAGGACUUUGCUAAGUUGGGCGGGGAAGUCCCACCCAGUCACCUUCACUCAUCCUGAAAGACGGCUUUUGGGACAUCAUCUGGAUCAGGAGAACAAAUCGGUGGUGGUUUACAGCAAGGACGCGUACGUGGCCUUGUACGGAAAGGUCCUUGGGAUGUAUGCCACAGUUCGUUCCGGCCUUUUUGAUCCUGAUAUGAGUGCUGUGAUGAGGAUGAAAUCCAUUGCGCAUCAAGUGGGUAGCUUGAGCUCGGGAUCCGAUGAGCCGACCGAGGACCUUCAGGCGCGAGAGGUGCCUAAGGGAAUGUCGCCUAUCAGCGUCAAUCAGCUAAUUCAGGCUGACCGUGCCCUCUUCAUGUAUGCCUCUGAAAAGUUGAUGGGUCGGCUUGCUGCUCCGGCCGGACAGCCCAAGCCGCUUGAUGACGUCAUUCAAGAAUUGAUGCACUCACCACAGGUCACUCAGUUUCUGCAGCCUGUCCAACGUCCGCCUGACCCUCCUGCCGGUUGGGAUAGCAAUGCUUGGAAAGGCAAGGGUAAGAAAGGCAAAGAAGGCAAGGACGGAAAAGGCAAGACAGGCAAAGGCACUGGUGCAGCUCCUUCCAAACCUGACAUUCCUGAGGGCUGUGUAUCUCGAGAUGCCGCCAAUAAGCCCAUCUGUUAUGGAUUCAACCGCGGCACGUGCCGAUGGAAGGGCAAAGCUGGCCGAUGCCAGAGAGGACUUCACAUAUGCUGGAAGGACCCGGGCACGGCUUCUCUUGCUCGGGCCGUGCCGAUCUCUGUGCAAGAGCAAGACUUUUCUACGGCCACUGUCGGCGGUACCCGGACAUUCGAUGAUGCCGAGGCUCUAGCCGCGGAGUUCUUCCUGAUUCCAAGGGUCGCCGCCAAGGGGGCUGAUGUGCAUGUCGAUCGCCAUAACUUGCCAGGCAGCUUGAACGCUGUCAUUGCGAUUACAGAUUUUAAGCAGGGUGGCUUGGUUGUCGAGGACCCCGAUGGUCCCGAACGCGCUUGCUUCCAAGGAAAGGUUGUCCAUGGCCGAAUAAUUCCUUUUCAAAAUCACGUCCUUGUCUUUGAUGCUCAAUCCCAGCGGCAUUGGACCCAGGCUUGGCAAGGACGCAGGCAGGUUCUGGUGGCUUACAGCGUGCCCACUCAGGGUUUGUCUGCUGAGGACAUUCAAUUUCUGCGUGACUUGGGUUUCUCGCUGCCUUCUGCUACGAGAGUUCCGCGACCCGUCCGGGAUAGCCGUCCCUGGGCCUUGGAGGUUUUCGCGGGGUCUGCGGUGCUUUCUAAAGCUUGGAUCCGAGCUGGGUUUCGCGUGCUUGCCAUUGACAUUUGUGUUCGGGGUGCACAAGUGCCCAUUGCACCUUUGGAUUUGACUUCGGCGUCGGGCCUUAAAAUUUUCUGGGAUCUCGUGGCUAAACUGCAGCCAGAGGCCAUCCAUGUCGGGGUUCCAUGCGGUACCGCUUCUCGUGCUCGAGAGAAACGCCUUCCAGCCAGUGUUGUUGCGGCUGGGGCCCCAGAGCCCCAGCCUCUGAGGGAUGCUUUGAGUCCUUUGGGCUUGCCGAGUUUGUCUCCUGGCUCUCUUGACGCCAUCCGAGUUACAAAGGCUAACCAGCUCUAUGAGCUUUCCCUUGACAUUGCCUUGUUUUGUGCCCGCCGCGAUAUUGUCGUGUCCAUUGAAAAUCCGGCCAGAUCUUGGGCCUGGGCGGCCCUCGUCGAGCUCCUGCGCCGCAGGGCUGACGCCUCUGACUGUGCCUGCUUUAAUCGCUUGCAAUCCGUCAUUUUUCAUUCCUGUAUGCAUGGAGGCAGCCGUCCCAAACAGACCAAGCUGCUGUGUACCGCUGACGUUUAUGCCACCCUCAGCGCCCAGUGUGAUGGGCGGCAUCAGCAUGAGCCCUGGUCUAUCACAGCCAAAGGGGGUCGUUGGCAUUUUGCCACUGCCCAAGAGGCGGCCUAUCCUGCUCUUCUGGCCGCUCGCAUGGCCCGUUGCUUGUUGCUUCAUGUGCGUGCCAAACGCCCUGCCGUCCGUUUGGAGCCGACCCUAUCCGUCCUGUCAUCUGCCGCUGUGUCGCGUCAGACUCGCAAGCACGCCGCCCUGAUUCCAGAAUUUGCUCAGGUAAUCCAGCUGCCAAUUUCUCAGGUUGAUAAAGGUAUGCGUGUACUUCGCGAAGUCUCGUUCCAUGGGGAAUGUGCGGGAGACUGCGACUCGAACAACCCUAUUGCCGAGGCCCAGGCGUUGCAGCACCCAUUCGAUACCCACAAUCCUGUGGCUGCAAUCACUGUGGAUGCGAUCGACUUUCUGGUGAACUCUUCUCCGCAGCAAGUGACUUUGCACAGGAAGCUGGCCUUGCUUAAGUUACAGCUGCUGAUCAAAAAGGGUGAGAGAGAGGAGGCGGACCUCCACAGUAAGAUGCAUCCUUCAGUGGCUAAGGUGAUGCGUGGUAAAAAGAUUUUAGCACUUAAGGCCUUACUUGAACAAGAAGGUUAUGAUGACCUUGAGGCAGUCAAGUUCUUGACCGAGGGUGUACAUGUCAUGGGCUCUGAACCCCACCCUCCUUGCUUCGACAAGAAGGUGAAAGCCGCUACGCUAACUGAGCAAGACCUGCGGGAUACAGCCAAGGAGAGACGGGAAGCCAUUGUUGGUGAUGAUGCACCCGGCGACGCGGCCAAGGCUCAACUCUUGUUCAAGGUCACGCAGGAGGAAGUCGACCUGGGUUUCCUAGAUGGGCCGUACACGGCUGAUGAAAUCUCAAACUUGGUGGGACAUGACCAGUGGUGCGUCAUAAGAAGGUUCUUGCUGGAUCAAGGGUCGAAACAUCGGCCUAUCGAUGAUGCCUGUCAGUCGCAAACCAAUGCUGCCUACAGCGCUACCAUCCGCUUGGAGCUUCACAAUGCUGACUACGUAGCAUCGUUGGCCCUUCUUAUCGCCAAGAAGGCCAAAAACCAAAAGCAUGGGUCAGGUGCAUGGCUGGGUAAAUGCCUCGACUUGACCAAGGCUUACAAGCAGGUAGCAUUGCACCCGGAUCAACGAGAUUUAUGCAUAACCUACUUCAGAGGACCAGGGGGAGAGGAAAAAUUUUUCCUCCCCAAUGCGCUGAUGUUUGGCGCCACUGCCGCCGUUUUCGGGUUCAUUAGGAUUAGUCGGUGUCUCUGGUUUCUCGCGAAUAAAGUCCUGAAGGUUCCAUCAGCUUGCUAUUUUGACGACUAUCCUCUCUUCGCGCCAGAAGAGGGGGCCCAGGAGGCAGAUGAAUGCAUAAGUCAAUUCUUCACCAUGCUGGGGUGGUCUCACGCCGUCACAGGCGAAAAAGGCAAGCCGUGCUCAUCAUCCUUCGAUGUCUUAGGACUUACUUUGGACUUGUCGCAACUGCAGAAAGGUUUAGUGGUUCUCAGGAACAAACCCGGACGGGUGGAGAGAAUCUUGAGUGAGUUUGACAAGGUCUCUGAACCGGAAGCCAUCACCCGCCAUCAGAUACAGGUCCUCCAUGGGCUGUUGAAUUUCGCUGCGGGGUUUUAUUCCGGAAGGGUGCUGAAACACUUGUGUUAUGAUCUCUUGGAGUUCCUUGAAUGGCGCGGCCCGGUCGCUUUCCAACGGCUCCAGAAGCUUUCGGCACGAGUGAAGCAUGUGCUGGAAUCGAUGCCGCCCAGGGUCUUGUCGUGCAACUUUGCUUGUGAAUCAAUACUCGUGUGGACCGACGGCUCGUGGGAAUCGGGACAUGCGGGUAUUGGUGCGUGCAUCUGGGAUCCCUUGAAACAGUGUGGACAUGUGCUAGGAGGUGUGGCUCCAUCUUGGGCGAUUGAGUCGUGGAAGGAGGACUUCGAUGCUCGGGAUGGCGAGCCUCAACUUAUAUGCCACAUUGAGUUGCUUGUUCUAGUGGCGGUAAGAUGGAUGUUCCAAGAUCAAUUCUUGAACAGGCGAGUGAUUAUGUUCGUCGACAAUGACGCCGCUCGGUAUGCCAUUCUGAAAGGUGGAAGUGGAAGUGACGGGAUGAACAACUUAGUCCAAUUGUUCGACCUUCCUGAUCUAAAGUUUCCGUCUCUGUACUGGAUUGACCGUGUACCGUCGAGUAGCAACAUAGCGGACGGCCCUUCCAGAGAUGACUUCGCUUUGGCACUUAAGUUGAUGAAGGCUACUUGCGUGGAAGCCUUCGCUUGGCACGAGGAGCUUAAGACUUCAGUCAUCACAAGGCGCAAGAGGAAAGGGGUGUGA